AUGUCAGAAUUUAAUGAAACGAAAUUCUCUAACAAUGGUACGUUUUUUGAAACGGAGGAACCAAUUGUGGAGACGAAAUCAGUCUCUGUUUACACCCCACUCAUAUAUGUCUUUAUUCUGGUAGUGUCCCUUGUGAUGUUCGCUUCAAACUACAGGAAGAACCAGGCCAAAAAAAUUAGCGAACAACCAUCGAUAUUUGAUGAAAAUGAUGCUCAUGAUCUGUAUUUUCAGAUAAAGGAAAUGAGUGAAAAUGAAAAAAUCCAUGAAAAGGUCUUGAAGGCCGCCUUAUUGAACAGAGGUGCAGAAUCUGUUAGACGAUCAUUAAAAUUGAAAGAAUUGGCUCCCCAAAUCAAUCUUUUAUAUAAAAAUGGGUCAAUCGGGGAAGAUUAUUGGAAGAGAUUUGAAACUGAAGUUAAAUUAAUUGAACUGGAAUUUAAAGAUACUUUACAAGAAGCCGAAAAACUACAACCAGGUUGGGUGCAAUUGUUCGUUAUGGUUUGUAAAGAAAUUUGCUUUAAUCAAGCUCUUUCCAGACGUUAUCAAUCAAUCUUGAAACGUAAAGAAGUCUGUAUUAAAGAGUGGGAGCUGAAGAUAAAUAAUGAAGGAAGAUUAACCAAUUAG